AUGAGAUAUUCUACCCAUCUCCUUCCAAUCAUUGCGUUGGUGUCCUCCACCGUCCUAGCCCAGGACCCCGGUCCAUCGCCUACUGCUUCAGUUGGCUGUGAGCCGCAUGGAGACCAUUGGCACUGUGACGGCCCAGCCUCCACCUCCAUCUCCUCGAUUACAUCAACGACAAGCGAGGAUACGACUUCCACUACUGCAUCUGCUUCGCCCACAAUGCCCAGUCCCACCGAGUCAACUGGUUGCGAGCCACACGGCGACCACUGGCACUGCGAUAGCCCAGCCGAGACGAGCAGCGAGGACGGAACAAUUUCCACCACUGCGUCUGCCUCGCCCACAAUGCCUAGUCCUUCCGAGUCGGUUGGUUGCGAGCCGCAUGGUGACCACUGGCAUUGCGAUGGACCGGCUGAGACGGCUAGUGCUUCUGCGGGCUCUGGGGGUGAAGAGGGCGGUGCUGGGGGUUUGGGGUUGCAUGCUUCGCUGCUUGUUGGGUUGUCGCUUGUUGCUGUUGUUUUGAAUGUUUGAUUGUGGAUACUCUUUGGAGGAGCGUUGUCAAGACUGUUGCUGCAUUUGUACUCUGCAUCUCUGGGUACUUGUACUGCUAUGUACUAUGUAUAGAUGCCAUGUACUUACAUGCGAGUUACACCGAUAUGCAUCUGCACUCUUGAUGUAAAC